CUGUAGAUAUGAAUUCAUCAAAAGCAAUUCGAAAUCCAGAUCUUAACAAAUACAGUAAAUAUCUCGAGAGUACUUUACACAUUUACAAGGAAGUUAAGCUAGAAGAAAAUGGACAGCAAACAGAAGAUGAGCUACGACGCUGGUGUGGCCAAGGGCCAAACUCAGGAGAAGGCCAGCACCAUGAUGGACAAGGCAGGAGGCGCUGCACAGGCCGCCAUGGGAACGAUGCAGAGUGCUGGCCAAACGGUUCAAAAAAGUGCUGCAGGAGCUGUUGAGACCGUCAAGAAAGCUACAGGCAUCACCAAGUGAUUUGAGGCUUAUCUGAUAUGAUAGCCUAGCUAGCUCUAUGGAUAACUUUAAGCUUUCUUUGUCUUUCUGUAUAAAAAAGAGAAGCUCGAUCUAGUCCUCUUACAUCGAGCUCUCCAUUAUCGAUCCUCAUUUGAUACGUGAGUGUGUUGUUUAAUUAACACACCCACUUUCAUUUGGCUAUUAAUUGUUCAGUUCUUUCUUAAUGUUGUCCUGCGCGCUGUUCUCAUCUUUCCCCAUUUUGGAUAAUAAGAAGAGAGCGCGUGUACGUUGUCUGUUGUAAUUUUUAUCAAAUGUAAUGAUUUAUAAAGCAAUAAACGAAAAACUUUGUU